UGGACCUCUCUCUCUCUCUCCCUCUCUCUCUCUCUCUCUGUAUAUAUAAUGUUUUACUGUAAAUAAAUAAUUUUUUUUCUAUACGGAAAAACAAAUAAAAACACAUUUUCUCGCGCUCUCCUCUCUCUCUCCCCCUCUCUCUCUAAACAGGUAGGAAGCAAAGAGGAAGAUCUGAUGUACUUUCUGGUGGAUCUUAACUAUACAGAAGAACAUGACGGCCCUUGAACCUAAAGAAAAUAUGCGAUUGGAGGCAUCUUUAAAGAGCCUCCAGAGCAAGGGUUUCCCUUACAGCCUCCUAUGUAAUGGGAAUCCUGUUGAAGUCUUUCCAAAGGUAAAAGAUGAAACUGGUAAUCACCCUGGUGGGGAUGUUGCUGAAUCAGACUGCUCAUUAAGCAGUGAAUUUCUUGAUCCUCCAAAUGAAUAUUACAACCAACCCACCUACCAACAUGAUUUUGGAUCCUGGUCAACCUUCCAUUUUGACCCCCAAAAGGUGCAGCGGUGUCAGAUGAAUGCUUAUGAAAGCCAGUUUCAUCCAUUUCCUAUGGAGAACCGAUUUCAUUAUGUUCCAGUGAAUAUGCUUGCUCAGAGUUACCCAAAUGAGUUCCGGUAUCAAGACUUUCAGUAUUUUGUGGUCAUAGAUUUUGAGGCUACCUGCGAUAAGGAUAGAAAUCCCCACCCUCAAGAGAUUAUUGAGUUCCCAUCUGUCAUAGUGAGCAGUGUAACAGGUCAGCUGGAAGCAUGUUUUCAGACUUAUGUGCGGCCAACUUGCAAUCAGCUCCUGAGUGAUUUCUGCAAGAAUCUGACUGGUAUCCAACAAAUUCAGGUGGAUAGAGGUGUUACUUUAAGUGAGGCUCUCCUGAGGCAUGACAAAUGGCUUGAGAAGAAGGGGAUAAAGAGCACCAACUUUGCAGUGGUAACGUGGUCAAACUGGGAUUGUCGUGUCAUGUUGGAAUCUGAGUGUCGAUUCAAAAAGAUUCGAAAGCCACCUUAUUUUAACCGAUGGAUCAACUUAAAGGUUCCUUUCCGUGAGGUCUUUGGUGCUGCGAGGUGCAAUCUAAAGGAGGCAGUUGAAAUGGCUGGCUUAUCAUGGCAGGGCCGUGCUCACUGCGGCUUGGAUGAUGCCAAAAACACUGCCCGCCUACUUGCUCUGCUUAUGCGUAGGGGUUUCAGGUUUGCCAUUACAAACUCACUGAUGUGGCAGACCGCUGAGCGUCCGAUGACAUGGAAGCAGUCUCCAGAGAACCCUCCUGUUUCUCCUCAGUACCCUUAUAAAGUGAAGGAUAUGAACAUUGUUUUAUUGCAGUAUCACCCUUAUUGUUUCUGUGGGGUGAAGAGCAGCAGAGGAAUGGUUCGCAAGCCAGGGCCAAAGCAAGGGAGUUUCUUCUUUGGGUGUGGAAAUUGGACCACCACUAGAGGUGCUCGCUGCCAGUACUUUGAAUGGGCAUCCACCUGACCAGGUGUUGGAGCUCUUGAUCUUGCAUGAUCGUAUCUUAAGCUUUCUUCAAAUGCUUUCUGUAAAAAAAAAAAAAAAAAAAAAAAAAAAAAAAGGAAAAAAAAUUGAAAAAAAUGAAGAUAUAUCAAAAAAAGGAAGAAAAUGGAUGCAAGUAGAGGUUGUCUCCUAGAAGCAAAAUAUGCUUUAGCUGCUUGGUGGGGUUUCUGGUUUGGUACAGAAAUUAGUUAUAAAAUAGCUGGCUCAUCUACUCAAAGAGGCUUUGUCUGCCAAAAACAUCUCGAAGUUUAGUUGUUAAGGAAACUUCAACAUGUAAAGCUGACUUGUUGACAGGAGAACAAAUUGGGGAGAAUGAGAGAGAUUGGGAUAGUUAGGAUGGUGCUUUUACAUGCUCUGUGCAUGCUAAAUUAUCUUAAAUAAUCUGAGUUAGAGACUUUUUUUCCUUGUGGAAUGGAUUUCUAAUGGGAAAAUCUAGUAGAGUUGCUUUCUGCA